ACACGUCACACGUCACCUGGAACUGAUCCACGACGAAUCGCGUCUAGUAGGAAAUCAACACUCCGGUGAGAAAGUUGGGAAGAUGGCUCUGGGAGACUGUUGGAAGCAGCUGUCGUGGUUCUACUACCAGUACCUGCUCGUCACGGCGCUCUACAUGCUGGAGCCCUGGGAGCGGACGGUGUUCAACUCUCUGCUGGUGUCUGUGGCCGGCAUGGCGGUCUACACCGGCUACGUCUUCAUGCCGCAGCACAUCAUGGCCAUCCUGCACUACUUUGAGGUGGUCCAAUGACGCGCUGACUCCGCCCAUGUGGCCGCCCACUACUCCUGUCUGUCUCCGCCUACCUGUCUGUCUCUCUGUCUGCGUGUCAUCUCCAGAGUUUUUGGGGGGUGAUUGUCUGCCUCGUCCCUUUUUACCAAAGCUUAUUAAAUAUCAACGGUCAAGCCCCGCCCACCCUGGCGGCUGCGGGGUUGUAAAGGCCACGCCCCCUGACUCCAUGUCGAGAGGCCAUGUUGGAUGUCUCCCCCCGGGACUGUUUGUCCUUCACUCCUGGGAUGGUGAUCGGGUGCAGUGGCGGGGCUGGAGGCGGAGCUUGGCACAGGAUCUCCAAAUGAUUGACAGCCAAAAAGGUGCGCUGGAUUUCGGUUUCACGAUUUGGAAUUUUUUUUUUUUUCCCUCCCAUAUCUACAACGGCAUAUUAGGGCCUUUGUAGGGAGAAAAUUACAGAGCUGGGAGAGCAGGGGGGUAAUAUUCAGAGGAAACAAACUUUUAUGAUUUCUGAGAUUAAAAUGGUAAAUGUACAAGAGAAAUUCAAAUAUAUGAGAAAAAACUCUAAUUCUGAAUCAUACCAUCACAAAUUUGUGAUGAAAAAAUGCUGAAAGUCUGAGAUCAAAGCUGCAAAUUUAAAAGAAUAAACAGUGAAAAGUAUUUUUUUUUUUGUGGGAUUCAGUCAGAAGGAAAUCGUGGUGAUCUGAGAAAAAUAAAUGUUGGAAAUUUUGAUUUUUUUUUUUCUUGGAAUAUUACCCCACCUCCAACCCCGCUCUGUAUUUAUUAUUCCCUGCAGUGGCGUUAAUACGCUUCUGUAUUACCUGUGGCAAGCCUUUUAACGGAGCGCACCGUACUUUCUUUUAAACUGGAGAGCUGUAACCUGUGAGUGAGUGAUGUCCAGCUGCCGGGAGACGCUGGACUGUCAUUUUAUUCCAACGGGACUUCAAGUCAUUGUUGUCACUGUGUUCAAAGCGGGACGGCACAGCGGCGGACGGAUUCCAAAACGUUUUUUCCAUUUUUUUCCAGCUGGAACUCGUCGGAGCCGGCCAGGAGCUCCAAGUGACGGCCUCACUGUCUGAUUCCCCGUUGAACCGAUCGAUCGAGACUAAAACUCCCAUCAGUCGCCUCACUGUCUGGCUGCUCAUGUCUUUCAGAUCCUUGUCAAUGAAAUUCUACAAAUAUUUAAAGACAAAAGCACGCAAAUCUGUAAUAUAUGUGUCUGUCAGCGCUCACUCUAAUGAGCCACGUUAACCAAAAAGUCCGGAUUCUCCACAGGUUUGAUGCCUCUGUUCAUUUUAGCAUUUCCUCUUUUCCUUGCGAGCUGCAGCAGCAGUAAAUAUGUGACUUUAUAUUCUCAGAAUUAUACUUUAUUGUUAUUAAAACAGAAAAAAAUAAUCAAACGUCUUCCUUGGUAUGAACAGCAGCCAAAAAUAAAAAAUGAAAAUAUUAUUUUUAAUAAUAUGACAGAAGAGGAAGACAAUCUUUGCAUUUUUUUGUGAUCUUAGUGAAGUUGGAAUCAGAAAAUAUUUGGCUGUUUUACAUCAUAAAUGGCUAAAACGAGUCACCGGUUGUAAAAAAAAAAAAAAAAAAAAGGAUUAUUUUUCUGUCAGUGAACUAAUCAGUCACCUGCAUUAGUUUUAGCACAAGCUGCUGACAGCGUGGUGAGCUGCUCAGGCGAGACAGAAGCAGCUCUGUGGUGAAGCUGUCAGCAGCUUUCAGUCCCAGUCGAUCAGUAAGACGGAGAAAAAAAAACAUGAAAAAGGUCGGACGUUGAAAAAGGAGGGAGCUGUGCUUUCAUUCCCCUCCUGGUCGAAUCGCACAGCAACGCAGCGUUUCUUCUAUUUGCACAGGCGUCUUAAAUGUUAAAUGUUUCCAUUUUUAUGUAAUCCUGUUUUACGAUAUGCAUUCUCCUACUGAUAUCCCUCGGAAAUUGUGAUUAUUUUCCUUGAAGAGUUAUGUAUUUUUCUCGAUUAACGUGUAUAUAAUCUUGUAUACAAAUUUGUAAAGUUUUGUAGUUGGAUAUGUUGGCUUUGAGGAUAAAAAAUAUAUACUAUAUUUGUGG